CGUGCGACUGAAAGCGUCUAGGCGUCUAUUCCGCGGAUAGUUACUCAAGUCCAUAUAAACGCGCCUUCAUACCUACAUAUGUAGUUCAUGCAGUUCAUGCUACAUCGAGCGUUUCAAACACGAAUAUGUAUGUAAAUUUGGCUUUCGAUCGCAGCGCAUUGCCGGAGUUAAUUGAUCAGCUGGACCGGUCGGCUGAAAGUCAUUAAGAGGAAACCGUUUGUGUGGAUGUGGCAUUUGAAAAUAAAUAUCAUGCUACUUCUAGGUUCGCCAAAAAUGGAUCGCGGGUGGCCAGCUUGCUAUUUGACGAUCAGUUAAAUAGGUGUAAAUAAGUGGUGCAAAUGUUUUGAAAACAGUAAAAAUAAAAAGUGUGGCAAAUAAAUUCUUCCACCGUUAUAUAAAAUCAAAAGCAACAACAAAAAUAAUAACAAGCCAAAAACAGCAUCAACCAAUAAAAAAAAAACUAUUAAAAAAGUUCGCAGAAAGUGAUGAUAUUUAACAUAUUUUAAACUCGCAUACUCGCGUAAAAUUGCGGCAGCGUAAUUUUCUGCAACAGUUUAUACAGGCUAACGCUAAACAGACUUUAACUGUGAUUUGACAACAUGUUCGUUACACUGGUGGCGCAGGUGCAUGCGCGGAGCAGCAAAGCCGCAUGAAAUUGUAUGCGACGUUCCAGUGUAUUUAGUUGAAUGAAUCUGAAAUGGAAUUCCUUAUGACAGUUCAAAAGCAGCGCUGAACAAAAUCACAUUCCAACAAAUGCUACGCAUAACGCGCCAACGAAAUAAAGUGAAAUUUUUUGCGGAAAUCAAAAUCCUAUUCAAGCGUGCAGUUUUACCUUUUGUUUCUUUGUUUUUGCAACUGUGAUUUCGUUAAUGUGUUUUAGAAGAAAAUAUGUAUGAUAAUAUCGGCAACAGUUGGAAUAUAAAUAUUUCGUAGAGUUCCGUUUUGUUUUUGGUUGUCGUGUUUUUGUGAUUUUGGCGCGGGUUUCCAGCUGAAAAUGAAUUUUGUGGGUCGGCAUGAUCAUCUUGCCGGCGGCUAUCGACGCGUUAACACAGCAACUUAUGGGUUUCCACUAUUUAGCAAUACGGAUGAAUCGAAGACCUUCGUUAAAGAUAGCCUCUCUUGGAAAUGGCAUAAGGGUUCCCGUGUGAGUACAAUUAAUGAUUGGCUACAAAUCAAAAUUGGCGGCGAUGAGGAGGUGAAGAAGAAAAAGGGCCGACAGCAAUUAAACCGCAUCAAAUCCACAAAAUAUACACUAAUUACAUUCCUGCCACAAAAUCUGCUCGAACAGUUUCGACGUAUAGCGAAUUUUUACUUUCUAAUUAUGACUAUCAUAUCACUCGUAAUCGACAGCCCGGUCUCUCCGCUGACAUCAUUGCUACCGCUAGUUUUUGUGAUCGCAGUGACUGCCGCUAAGCAGGGCUAUGAAGAUUUCUUACGGUACAGAACCGAUAAUGUUGUAAAUCGUGCGCCAGUGACAGUCAUACGUAACGGAGUGGAAGCAAAUAUUCAAUCGCAAUAUGUCUGCCCAGGCGACUUGGUGGUGGUGGAGCGCGAUUGUGAUGUGCCCUGCGAUUUGGUGUUAUUGCGUAGCACCGAUCCACACGGCAAAUGUUUUAUAACGACCGCCAAUUUGGAUGGUGAAUCCAAUUUGAAGACGUUGAUGGUGCCACGUGAUUUGCCGUUGGUCGAUAUAAACCAGCUGCACAAAUUGGGCGUCAUCGAGUGUGAGAGUCCUAAGACUGAUCUGUAUAGUUUCAAUGGUAAGAUAGAACUGGCCGGUGGCGAGGGGCGCGUGCUGCCGCUUUCAACCGACAAUGUGCUGUUGCGUGGCUCACGCGUCAAGAAUACCGAAUGCGUUAUUGGGUGUGCCGUGUACACGGGCAUGACUACCAAGCUGCAGCUGAACAGCCGGCUAACGCGCAAUAAGUCUGCCUCUAGUGAGAUAUACGUGAAUCGUUUCUUGGUCGUGGUGCUGAUGUUGAUGAUAGCAAUCGUUACUAUGUUAUACUUCUUCAAACGUUAUGAAGAGAUCUUUGUGAUACCUAAGCUUGCAUAUUUGGGUCCUGCUGCUGACGGCUACAGUGUCAAGCAAUUCCUACAGGAUUACCUGUCUUUCUUGAUACUUUUUAAUUACCUCAUUCCAAUAUCGUUGUAUGUAACCAUUGAGCUGCAACGUGGUAUUAGUGGAUUGUUCAUGGAGUGGGAUCUUCAAUUGUAUGAUGAAGCAACCGACGAACAUUUUAUAGUAAACACUUCCAAUUUAAAUGAAGAACUUGGUCAGAUCAACAUUUUGUUUUCGGAUAAGACCGGCACAUUAACGAAAAACGAAAUGGUUUUCCAACAGUGCUCGAUAAAUGGACGAAAAUAUACCUUUAAAAAGACACGGUUGCUGGAAGAUGGCAGCGGCGCAUUGGUAGAUAUAAACAAGUUCAACAAAGACCAAAGAGUUUUCUUUGAAGCAUUGGCUAUAUGUCACACCGUUCAAGUAGCAGGGGAAUCAAACGCUGAUGCUGCCUAUGAAAUUGAAACACCCGACAAAGAAGUUAAUGGCAAGAGUGCACUGGCAAAAAUGUACUCUAUUUCCGAUAUCACCGAGGAGAGUCAUAAUUCCAGUCGACAGAGUGGUGUAGAUUCCGAUCAUUCGCAAACAUUGGAAACAAGCCUAUCCAAUAAUCCUGAUGGAACAAAAACUGAGGGCAUCAUCUCCAAUAGCAUUAUGAACAUGUCCAACGGUACAGAUUUAAGUCGUUCGAAUGGUACGAAUGGUGCAAAUAUGACAUCUGACGUCAAUCCGCUGCUUAACGAAGCAAAUAAAGAAGAGAAACGCAAACGACCGCUAAUUGUCAAACGAAGCCCAAAUUUUACGCGCGCCUCCUCCAGAAUACAUCCAGCGCCAAUGGGAAAUGACGGACAGUUCUCUAUAGAAAUGGUGAACCGCGCCACGAAUGCAAAUUUGUUAGCAACACCCGGUUCACGACCCACUUCAUUACCGUUCACACGUUCUACAUCAGCCAUCGAUUUGCCAGAUCUAGCAGUUGCACCCUCACCGACUGGACACAAGCGAUCGCAUUCUUAUGGCGCACAAAAUGCAUAUUUAACACCACCAGUGCAACAAGGCGGAGUUGUCAUUCGCACAGCCAGUAAUGUGUCGCGUGAGUCUUAUGCAGCACCUAACUUUCAACGUCAACCAACCCUGCUGUUGCGUGCGGAGUCACAGCGUCGCAAGAAUGAGAUCGAACAAGUUGUGCACAUCCUCGACUACCAAGCCUCAAGUCCAGACGAAAAGGCGCUCGUUGAGGCUUCCGCCAAUCUGGGGCUCGUUUAUAUGGGUGAUGAUGACGAGGUCUUGCGAAUCCGUGUCGUACCUCCACAUUUGGAUUAUUCACGACCUUUUAACGUUGGUAAAGUCAACGAAAUACGUUUCAAUCGCUUGCACGUACUGGAAUUCUCUUCUGAUCGUAAACGUAUGAGUGUGAUUGUGAAAGACGAGAACGGCACCAAAUGGAUUUACACAAAAGGUGCAGAAAGUUAUGUGUUCCCGCUUUGUGCCAACAAUCAGGCAAACAAUGUGUCGCGAACCGAUGCACACAUAAGCGAUUUCGCAAGGCAAGGUCUGCGUACAUUGGCCGUAGCGAGGCGACGGGUUGGUGAUGACGAGUACCGCACCUUCAUCGACGAAGUGAAUGUGGCAAACAGUUCGUUGGAAAAUCGAAAGGAGUUGUUAGACCAGAGCUAUGCCAAAAUCGAGUGCAAUCUCGAGCUACUGGGUGCCACCGCCGUUGAAGAUGCCUUACAAGACGAUGUCGCUGACACACUGAUCUCACUGCAAAAAGCCGGUAUCAAAAUUUGGGUGUUAACCGGUGAUAAGGUCGAAACGGCACUUAACAUAGCGUUGUCUUGUGGUCAUAUACCUCCUGACGCUAUCAAGUAUUUUAUAAUCGAUUGUAGAUCGAAGGAGGAUAUGAUGGUGCACUUGAAUGCAUUGGAUCGUGAAAUUAUUUUCGGGAUUGGUGCACAGUGUGCGCUACUAAUCGAUGGAAAGAGUUUAAGUAUCGCAUUGAGCGAGACGCCAGAGAUGUUCCGCGAUAUAGCAAUCAAAUGCACGGCAGUACUUUGUUGCCGCUUAAGUCCAUUGCAGAAGAGCGAAGUAGUAGCUUUAAUUAGAACUUCGUCGGAGGAUUACACAACGGCUGCCGUGGGCGAUGGUGCAAAUGAUGUGUCAAUGAUUCAGGAGGCACAUGUGGGGCUUGGCAUCAUGGGCAAAGAGGGUCGACAAGCGGCACGCUGUGCUGAUUUUUCUUUCGCCAAAUUUUCUAUGCUGAAACGCUUAAUACUAGUACAUGGACAUUAUCAUACGACGCGCCUGUCGCUCUUAGUGCUUUAUUUCUUCUAUAAAAAUAUUGUAUUUAUGGGUAUAAUAUUCCUGUUUCAAUUUUAUGCGCUCUUUUCAACGCAAUCCGUGUACGACUCUCUGUUUCUGACUCUAUACAAUGUGAUCUAUACUUCGUUGCCGAUUCUAUUUAUUUCUCUUACAGAGAAAGCUUACAGCGAGGAGACGCUUUUGAAGCAACCAGAACUUUAUAAAAAAAAUAUAAACAACAAGGGACUUCACUGGCAGUACUUCAUCGGUUGGAUACUUUUUGCCGUAUACCACACAUUGAUCACUUACUACUUCACUUACUAUGUGUUUUCCACAAACAAUAUUCUACUAAAUGUUGGCCAGCCGGCGGAGUUUUCUUGCUUUGGCACUUUGCUCAUUGAGAUCGUUGUUGUUGUGGUCAACUUAAAACUGAUGCUACAGUCCAAGUACCUGAGUUAUUGGUAUAUAGCGACGAUUUUGGGCUCCAUUGUGACGUUCAUGAUAACUACUGUUAUCUAUAACGUAAUUGACUUCGACUACGACACCGAUAUCUAUUGGGCAUAUAACAAACUGCUUUGUUCGCUACCCGUUUGGCUGUUCACUAUAAUCACAGUUAUUGCUUGCCUGUUGCCGGAUUAUGUAAUAAGAAUUAUACCGAGAGUGAUUAAUUUCCCGAAACACUUUCGCUUUUUUCCGAACGCGGGACGUUUAAUGAUGCGACGUAACAUGCAAACGACACAUUUAUGAGUUGCAGUCAACUACCGUUAUAUAAAUGUAAAGUGUUGCUAUAUAUUUUUUUAAAUCAGUUAUAGUAUAUGUACUAUAUAUCGUCACUUUAAAGCAAAAUAACGCAACAUCACAUUUCAUAAGUUUACAGGCAAAGAAAAAACGUUAUAAUAGAAACCACAGAUAUUGAAACAAAAUUUGAGUUUUGGUUAUAAAAUUGGUUAUAUGGUUAUUUAUUGGUUAUUUAUUGGUUAUAUAUUGGUUAUAUCUGACAGUGGAAGCUGAAAAUUUUAUGCUACAUAUAUGUAACAUGAUGUAGUGAAUCGCAAGCAGUGAAAAACUCAAUUUCGAUUUUUUUGAUGAUACGUUGUUCUGCAUUUUGGGUGACGAUAUAAUUUUAUAUAUAAUAUACCCGAGUGGGUAGCGUGCUUUUGAAUUUAACUGUAAAUUUAAAUCGGUUUUAAUAAUGCUCAGUUCAAAGUUAAUGCAACGUAAAUGAAAUAAAUGUGCCAGAUUUUUGUGUUAAGUUAUCUUGUAGAUAUGUAUGUGCCUCCCAAGCGAUCGCAACCUCGCUUCCUACAUUCUUCAAUACGUAGUAUGUGUAUUGAUAGUAUUAUUGUAAAUUUAAUUAGCGUUGAAUUUAAGGAUGUAUGCCUUAAGGUGAUUACCAAAUAUAGUUACGUAAUUAUUAUUUAUAUUAUUUUUAUAUAUAUUAUAUUUAUUAUGUAUAUAUUUAUAUUUGUUAGCUUGUUAAUUUAUGCCAUGACAACUACUUCCUCCAUGUACAUACAUACAUAUGUAUGCAUAGUAUUAGAACAAAAUUUUUCGAAGCCGAAAAAUUAAAAAAAAAAAUUGUCAAUAUUUUAAUAAAACAAAGACAAUUUUGGAUGUGAACGACUUUUUAUUAAUUAAUUAUUAUUAUUAUGUAUAUAUAUUUUUAAUAAAUAUUUAUUAAUAAAUGAUGAUGUUGAGCAAAACAAUGUCAAGUGCACAAUAUACAAGAUUUUCUAGUGUAUUAUUAAAUGGUAAAUCGUA